ACUUCUUCUAUACUGAAAUCUCUCAAGGUUCAUUGAGAAAUUCAAUCGUGAAUCUCUGUUAAUCAGGAAAGUUAUCAAGAAGAUCGAAUUCCUUGGAAGAAGAUGGCGAGAACAAAGCAAACAGCAAGGAAAUCGACGGGAGGAAAGGCGCCUAGGAAGCAGUUGGCGACUAAGGCGGCGAGGAAGUCGGCUCCGGCGACCGGAGGAGUGAAGAAGCCGCACAGAUUCAGGCCAGGAACGGUGGCGCUGAGGGAGAUCAGGAAGUACCAAAAGAGCACGGAGCUUCUGAUCAGGAAGCUUCCGUUUCAGAGGCUAGUGAGGGAGAUCGCUCAGGAUUUCAAAACCGAUCUUCGGUUUCAGAGCAGCGCCGUUGCGGCUCUUCAGGAAGCCGCCGAGGCGUACCUGGUAGGGUUGUUUGAGGAUACAAAUCUUUGCGCUAUUCAUGCGAAGAGAGUUACUAUUAUGCCUAAGGAUAUUCAACUUGCUAGGAGAAUUAGAGGCGAGAGGGCUUAAUUUAGGAUUUGGUGAUUCUCUGAUAGGAUUCAUGUAAUUUGUGAAAAUUUGGAACGGAAUUCAAGCAAAUUGGAUUUGUGUUCCAGAUAUCUGUUUCUGAUCUGUUGUCUACUAACACUGAACUUUGCGUUCCGUAUAGCAGAAGAGAAUUAGGGUUCUUAUUCUUAAGAGGAAAUUAAAGCUGAAUCUAAGCUGAAAUUCAUGCAAUUUCAUCCCUACAUAAUGGCUGGUAGUUGUAGAAUUGGCUGAAGCUUCUGUGAAAUGGAUAAUUGGUUAUAGCAAUUCAGCUGCAAAUGGAUUAAAUGUAAGGUUCCAUCCUCUUGGCUAAUUAUUGGUAUCUCCAUGUUUAUGCAUCCUCCAUAACUGGUUGAAAUGGAACAAGGAUUAGUCUA